GACUUUUACAAAACUCGCAAUAUAUUGAAUCCACAAAUUUUUGAAGAUCAGUUUAAAUCUUUGCAAGAAUGUUAUCCAAAAGCUGCACCAUAUCUCAAUAGGGCUUUAUAUACUGAUAGGCAAUCUUGGGCAAGAGCUUAUACUUUUUGUCACUUUACUGCUAGUACACAAGUAACAAGUCGUGUUGAGUCAAUUAAUUCACAUAUCAAAUCUAUUAUACGUCAUAGUACAACUCUGUACGAUUUGUUCAACUCACUUGAUUCUUUAAUCGCUAGUCAAGACUAUUACUAUGACUUCAUUAGUUGGAAAUCAUCAAAUCCAAACAUUAAACUGUCAAAUGUUUGUGAUACUAUGUAUCCAAAUGUUAAUGCUAUUCUCAAGAGCUUCAUUGCACCCAAUCUAAUUGAAAAAAUUCGCUAUGAAAUAAACCAUAGCUUAUUUUACCAUCCAACUAGAAUCAACACAGAGUCUUUACAUUCAUGUCAAAUACAAGAUAACGAUGAUAAUGAAGCAUUCAUUGAUAAUGCUUUUGAUUAUCUGUUGGCUCAUUCCCUUGCGCUCUUUAAACAAGUCGAAGAUAAAGUAGUUGAAGCAUUUUUUUUUGGUAAUAGUGUUUCUUUAGCUGUCAAAUUUUCAAUUAAUUUUGUGGCAAAGUGUUGGUUGCUUGAAAAAUAUCAAGAUGAAAAAGAUCUUGGUAUACAACCUCUUGUCAAUUUAUCAACAGUUUUUUUGUCAGAAUUAUCCAAAGAUGACCCAAAUGUUCUCAAAUUUUUAAAAACCUACAUUCUUCAAAAUUACCACUCUCUUGUUGAAAAUACAACCAAUACAUCCGCCUCUGGUCAUAAAACAAGUAUACUCAAAGAACAUCCUAAACCAAACGUUAUUGUUGACAAGGCACAGAUUUCUAACUCUAUAAAAAAGGUUAGACGAGGUCGACCUCCCAAAACAGCGCAUUAUCAAUCAGCAAUGGAAAAUCAAUCAUUAAAAGCUCAAGAAAAACAAUCAAAACCAGUAUGUGGCCCCGGAACUAACACAGAAAAGAAAAAUGAAAGUGAAUGGGUUGGCUCAAGUAGUUCAGAAUCAGAUGUUGAAAUGGAUACUGAUGAGUAA